AUGGCAACCUACUGGGGCGGUCUGGCUAUCAUGUCAGCCCUUCUGACCAACACCAACAGGCAAGGCAGAUCCAGGAUCAGAGCCGCCGAGGCUCCGCGUUCAGACUCCCACACGGUGAGGCAGAAAGCCUCCUCUGGUGGGACAAUCGGCAGCGGAGGCAGAGGAAGGACUGCCAUACCUGCAUUGGAGGUGAUCUGCAGCCUGAUUGGCUGGCUGUGCCUCUACCUGUUGUUCUGUUCCACCUUCUCUCACCGAGGGCCCGAGUGGAACUGCCGCUUGGUCACCUUGACCCAUGGCGUCAUCAUAGUGCUGCUGACGGCAUACGUUGUGUUUGUUGACGGUCCCUGGCCCUUCACACAUGCAGGUACAGAAAACACUGACCUCCAGAUAUUUGCCCUGGCAGUCUGCCUCGGCUACUUCUUCUUUGACCUGGGUUGGUGCGUGUGCUACCGGAGCGAGGGCCCAGUCAUGCUGGCGCAUCACGCCGCCAGCAUCGUGGGCAUCCUCCUGGCGCUGCUGAUGGGCGUGUCGGGCUGUGAGACCUGCGGGGUGAUCUUCGGCAGCGAGAUCACCAACCCGCUGCUGCAGAGCCGCUGGUUCCUCCGCCAGCUGGGACUCUACGACAGCCUGCUGGGCGACGCCGUGGACCUGCUCUUCAUCCUGCUGUUCGCCGCGGUGCGCGUCGGCCUGGGGACCGUCAUGUUUUAUUGCGAGCUCACUUCGCCCAGGACUUUGCUGAUAAUGAAGCUUGGCGGCGUGGUCAUGUAUCUGCUGGCCUGGGUGUUCAUGGUGGACAUCGCCAGUUUCGGCUACAAGAAGACCAGGGCCAAAUACAGGAAGUGGAUGGUGAACCGCGAGCUCAAAGAGACAAGCGAAGAAAAACCAGUUGGGCACGAAGAGUGAUUGAGAAGACUAACUCAACCGCUUUCACAUGUUUUUAACAGACGCUCCAUGAAUUUAUUUAUUUAUUUAUUUUAUCUGCGGUACAGUGGACUGCAACAUUUUUAAAGUCUGUGUAAAAACAAUUCUGAAAAACCUUGAUAAGUACAUUU